GCGACUUCACUGGAUCUAGUCAAUCAAGCUCCAGCGGGAACAAAACUAUGGAUCCUUCACCUUGGGAAUCUCGAGUGCGACGAAGGAUUCGUCAGACGCGCAGGCAAUUCAUCCACACUGUCAAACCCAGAGGGGCCUCCUAGGGGCCGCCGCAGACUUGUGAUGAUGGCCGUACUCAUCGAACAUCCGACCGAGGGGCUGAUCCUCUUUGAAACUGGGGCUGGUUCUGACUACCCCGAAGUCGUAGGGCCCCAAAUCAGCGACAUCUUCGCACGCGUCGACUACGACCACUCCAUGGAUCUAGACGCGCAGAUCGCGCUCACAGGGCACUCGAUCAAAGACAUAAAAAUGGUAAUCAUCGGCCAUUUGCACCUCGACCACGCCGGCGGCCUCGAUUUCUUCCGCAACACCAACAUCCCCGUCUACGUGCACGAGCUGGAGAUCAAACACGCCUUCUACACCGUCGCCACCGGUACCGACCCGGGCGUCUACCUGCCGCACUACAUGACCUUCGACAUCCGCUGGGUGCCGUUCCACGGCAGCUACUACGAGAUUGCGCCGGGCCUGAACAUCCAUCAUUCCCCGGGGCAUACGCCGGGGCUGUGCGUCUUGCAGGUUAAUAUGAAGGACAGCGGGACGUGGAUUUUCACGGGCGAUCAGUACCAUGUGAAGGAGAACUUUGAGGAUGAUGUGCCGCAGGGGUGGUUGGCGAGGGAUCACGAUAGUUGGGUGAGGAGCCAUCAGAAGAUUAAGGGGCUGAUGAGGAGGACGGGGGGGAAAGUGGUGCUGGGGCAUUGUUGGGAUACGGUGAGGAGGUUGGGCAUUGAGUUUGCGCCGAAGGUGUAUGAGUAGGAUGUUCUGGACAGAAUGCGUGUAAACGUUCUGGAUUUAUGAGCUAAACGAGGG